UCCCAAACACCCCCUUAGCAUCUAUAGUUGGUUUAGUUGGUGAGAGAAGAGAGGACAGCUGCACAGGAACAGCAAAGCAGACCCCACCACCGCACGCACAUACAUACGUACACGCACUCCUUCACCAGCAGUGUACUUCCCUCCCUUGUAUGCCUGCCUCUGCCAGCGCGUUGUCGGCGAGGGGACUGCCCCCGCCGCCGCCGCUCGCGUCGGCUGCCGUCAGCCCGUCACCCACCCACGCGACCUCCGGUGAUGGCAGAGGCCGACCUCACGCUGCACGACGCCGGCGGCGGCGCCAGGGACAAGCCGGACCGGAAAGCCGACGUCUUCGCGGAUCUUGGCUCGCCGGUCUCGCCGCUGCGCCUGCGCCCGGCAGCGACGCCCUCCACCUCGUCCUCCUCGUCCGGCUCCGCCAAGUCGCCGGCGCCCGGUAAUGCGGCCGCGGGGAGGGGAGGCCGGGGGAACCACUCGGGCGAGCUGGCGCAGGAGAGCACCAACCCGCCUGGCCACCGUCGCGCCGGAUCUGGCCCGCUCAUUUUCUCCGGUGCCAGCAGCAGCACCACCGCCAGCUCGCCGCUCACCAAUGCGCUCCCCACCGGCAACAUCUGCCGCGUCGCCGGGGCGGCGGCGGCGGCAGCAGCCACGCAGCCGCCGCGCGCUCGCCCGGCCGUGCUCGGAUCCGGUACCGGCCACUACGGCCACGGCAGCAUCAUGCGCCGCGGCGGGGGAGCGACUCCCGCGAGGACCAGCGGUGACGCGGCCCCGCUGCUCCACGGCCACGGCAGCAAUUCCUCGAGGUCGAGGUCCCCGGCGAGCUGCCCUGCGCCAGCGCCGCCGGCCACCAGCGGUGGCCUGCAGGAGAUUACUCGCGCGGGGAACGAGUGGUACAAGAAGGGCCGCCACGCCGACGCGCUGCGCCACUACGACCGUGCCGUGGCGCUGUGCCCCGACAGCGCCGCGUGCCGCGGCAACCGCGCCGCCGCGCUCAUCGGGCUCGGGCGCCUAGCAGAAGCGUUCCGCGAGUGUGAGGAGGCCGUCCGCCUCGAUCCGGCCAGCGGCCGCGCGCACGGCCGCCUCGCCGGCUUAUGCCUCAGGCUUGGGAUGGUUGAGAAGGCAAAGACGCACUUCACACUGGCUGGAAGUGCAAACCAGUCUGAUCCGGCUGAGUGGCAGAAGCUGCAUGAGGUAGAGAUCCAUCAAGGCAGAUGCAUGGAUGCAAGGAAAAUUGGAGACUGGAAGAGUGCACUCAGGGAAGCCGACGCAGCCAUCGCUGUUGGAGCGGACUCCUCUCGAUUGCUUCUUGCCUUGAGGUCAGAAGCGUUGCUUUGGUUGCACAAAUUAGAGGAAGCUGAUUUGACUAUUACAAGCUUGUUGAAACUGGAUGACGCGUCGUUGCCUUCGACGCCAACCAGAGUCUCAGGCAUGUCAGCUGACUCUUAUGUCCAUAUCGUCCAAGCCAAGGUCAACGUGACAUUUGGAAGGUUCGAUUCAGCUGUCGCACUGGCUGAGAAGGCUAAGCUUAUUGAUGGCGUGAGCUCAGAGGUUGAAGUGAUCCUAAACAACGUGAGAUUAGUCGCAUUGGCUCGAGCCCGGGGGAAUGACCUUUUUAAGGCAGGCAAGUUUGCUGAGGCGUCGCUAGCCUAUGGUGAAGGGCUGAAAUAUGAGCCUUCUAAUCCAGUGCUAUACUGCAACCGGGCAGCUUGCUGGUCAAAGCUGGGUCGGUGGGCAAAAGCUGUUGAGGACUGCAGCGAGGCCCUAAGAGUCCAGCCUAACUACACAAAGGCUCUGCUAAGGCGUGCGGCGUCAUAUGCAAAGCUUGAGCGCUGGGCGGACUGUGUGCGGGACUACGAGGUGCUUCGCAAGGAUCUUCCUGGUGACACUGAGGUUGCAGAGUCCUUGUUCCAUGCCCAAGUUGCAUUAAAGACAGCCCGUGGAGAGGUGGUAUCUAAUAUGAAGUUUGGAGGGGUAGUUGAAGAAAUUAUCAGCUUAGAGCAACUCCAAGAUGUUAUCCGUUCACCUGGUGAGUUUCUCCUCUACAUGCACCUAGCCUGUUGUAGGCAUUUCACCUCCUUCUUGGUUCUUGUUGUGCUAAGAAGUGGACAGUUAACCAGGUGUAUCCGUUCUUUACUUCAUGGCUACAAUGAACAAGCAAUGUGCACAAAUUACCCCGUCUGUGGACUCCCUUUGCUCCGAGUGCCCUGCAUUGAAUUUCCUGAAGGUAAACGUUGACGAGCGCCCUCUGGUAGCAAGCGCGGAGAACGUGCGAGUAGUCCCAAGCUUCAAGAUUUACAAGGACGGCACGAGAGUGAAGGAGAUGGUCUGCCCUAGCUUGCAGGUCUUGCGCUAUUCCGUGAGGCACUAUGCUGUCUCCAGCUCUUGAGGUCCGGCACUCAGUUCGCUGGCCCUGUUAGUGUCACCACAUGCCAACAUUUCACCAACAAAUCUGUCCCUCUAUAGUAUCACAGCAUUUCCCCCUUCCCAUCGCGUCACUUAGGCUCCUCCUACCGCAACAUCUCUAGAACCAUUUGAUCCAAGCUUAAGCAAUUCUCAUGCCUCGCUUUCCAAAGUGAUGACUUCAACUCCUGAAGAAAGGCUCCCUGUGGUGGUGUUCAGGGAAUAGGUAAACACGGCUGGCUGGUUUUCUCAUUACAUGUACAUAUAUUCCCGUAUAGCAACACAUCAAACCCAUUGAUAGAUUGGUUCACUGUGGAGAAAAGGCGGGGUUCGGACUUGGAUGAAGAGUACAGGUCUAGUUGCCAUUGAAUGUAGAGAUGGAGAAGAUAGAUGGGUCGUGUUGUUGGUAUGGUACGUAGAGAGACAGAGGAGGGAGGUGGCUGGUGUGGUUCA